GGAGGAGCGGGUGGGAGGGGUCUGACGGCGUUUCUGGUGGACGUGGUGCGGCUAAGUCGAGCGAUGGGCGCGCUAGCGGAGGCGAGAGACGCGAAUGCUCCCCCAACCGACCCCGACACCCUCUCCGCCCUCUCCUCCGGCCGCUCCGCCCUCCUCUCCAUGGUCCGGCGCCGCACCCCCCCGCGCCGCCUCUGCCUGCCCCUCCUCUUCUACUGCAUCCCCCUGUUGGAAGCAACCGCAGCCGGCGGCCGGCUCUUCUCCGCGGCCGACAUGCAGGCGCUCCUGCAGUGGGCGACUGAAUGCGCGCGAGCGACGGCGACGAUGGCGAUUACGAGUGGCGCCGCCGCCGCAUUCGGUCUGUACGGCAGCGGCGUAGCGAGUGGUGUUGGUGCUGCUGGCGGCGGCGGCGGCGGUGGUUUGGGUGCAUUGGCGGCGGCGUUGGGAGUGCCGGAGCGUUACGCCCGGGAUGUUCAAUUGACGCUGGUGAGGGGUAUGGCUCGAGCGCAUGUGUUGGAUCAUAGCAGCAGCAGUGGCGGCG